GUCCAUUAAUGGCACUGAUGAGGAAGAGACACCUUAUGAAGUUAUGUUACUUUAUCAUAAAAAUGGUUUAAACCUCUAAAAGUCCAGCACCAAUUAGAAACUAUUCCCUUAAAGUUUUACCAUAAUAAGUAGUUGAGGGUGUUUUCCUGCAACCAUUUCUUCUUGGUUGAUGGGUGAAGUUGCUGGUAUCCCCAGAAGAAGGGUAGUGUUGGAAUAUUAACCUUUGAAGAAGUGGCAGAAAGGUUUCUGAGAGCCUUACUUGUGGUCCGUAACCGCUGAUGGCAACUGCUCAGUGGUCACAGGAACCACCAUCCAAAGCCACCACUUAACUUUCUUCUUCCCUUAACUUCCAUUCUUUACAUCUUCCCCGUCUGUUUAUUAACAAUGCAAUAAGAGGAGAAAGAAAGAACAAAGCUUAAGCAAAGAAACUGAACAAUCAUUUUCUUUUAUGCCGAGGAAUUGGACUUCGAUAAGCGGUAUUAAUCUUUUACUUUCCGUGGGAGACUGAGAAACGAUGCCAAGCCAGCUAUGGUUUUCACUGCCAAUGAUUUACAAGAAUGGAAAGAUUUUCCCAAAGGACUCAAGGUUCUUCUUCUUGAGGAAGACAGCAUUUCUGCUGCCGAGAUAAGGGCAAAGCUUGAAGCCAUGGACUAUAAUGUUUCUACAUUCUGUGAUGAGAAUGAAGCCUUGUCAGCAAUCUCAAGUAGACCUGAAAGCUUCCACAUUGCCAUAGUAGAGGUGAGUUCGAGCAGUAGCCAGGGAGGUUUCAAAUUUCUUGAGAAUGCCAAGGACUUGCCAACAAUUAUGACUUCUAACAACCAUUGCCUGAACACCAUGAUGAAGUGCAUAGCGCUUGGUGCAGUUGAGUUCCUCAGCAAACCACUCUCUGAGGACAAACUCAGAAAUAUCUGGCAGCAUGUUGUUCACAAGGCAUUCAGUUCUGGGACAAGUAUCCUGUGUGAAUCGCUUAAACCUGUCAAGGAAUCUCUAGUGACUAUGUUGCAGCUCCCAACAGACAAUGAACAACAUGAAAGUAGAGUGUCCAUUGAUAUAGAGAAAGUAUCCAGGUUUACUGAUAAUGAUGAUGUACUGUCUCCUGGAAAUGAUAAAUAUCCAGCUCCUUCAACCCCACAAUUGAUGCAUGGGACAAGAUUGUUAGACGAUGGUGAUUGCCAAGAGCAGACUAAUUGCUCCACAGAAAAAGAAAGUGGGGAACAUGAUGGAGAAUCUAAAUCUGUCGAAACUACAUGUGACAAUAUUGCUGAAACUGAAAGUACUCCUCAAGAAAGGAAAUCUGAUAUGACUUUACCUAGGGAGGAAGUGAAUUUAGUUGACGCUUCCAAGGUUGAGAGUAUUGCCUCUCUACAUACACAAAAAAGAAAGGUUCUAAGCAACCCUGACAAAAAUACAAAAUCUGCAAAUAAAGUAGGCGUUCUUAGUGAUUCAUGCGAGAUAAAGCCAAGACGAAAGAAGAUGAAAGUAGACUGGACGCCUGAGCUGCACAAAAAAUUUGUGAAGGCAGUUGAGCAACUAAGCAUUGAUCAAGCCAUUCCUUCAAGAAUAUUAGAAUUAAUGAAAGUGGAGGGCUUGACAAGGCAUAAUGUGGCAAGCCAUCUUCAGAAGUACAGAAUGCAUAGGAGACAAAUCUUUCCCAAGGAAGAAGAUCGGAAAUGGUUGAAUCAAAGAGAAAGGAGCUAUUGUGUUCAAAGACCAAUCAUGGCCUUUCCUCCAUAUCAUUCUAAUCACACCCAUACUAUGGCUCCUAUAUAUCCUAAGUGGGGACAACCUAGCACUCAAACGGCUGGCAUGCAUAUGUGGAGCACUCCUGGUUAUCCCUUGUGGCAGCCUACUGCUGAACAUUGGCACUGGAAACCGUUUCCAGGGAUGCAUGCAGAUUCAUGGGGCUGUCCAGUGUUACCAGUACCACCUCCUCAAGCUCCUUUUCCCUACUCUAAGAAUAUGCCUGCGUUGCUCAAUGCUGAUGCAACAGGUCACACUUUUACCAUGCCACAAAGUUCCUUAGAGAAUUAUCCGGUAUGCAACACUUUCGGUUUUUUUGUCUCAUGGAAGUGUUCUGCAUUUUCUGUUGGCUAUUUAGGAGCUGUUUACCAUUUGAACAAAAUUGAGUCUCCUGGCCAACUGAAUCAAGCUUGUGAUCUCAUGGUUGUGCUGAAGGAAUUGGACUUCGAUAAGCGGUAUUAA